AAUAACGUGGAAUUUAAAACGAUUUUAAACACCGAAGAGCCUCAUUACAGCCUCAGAUAUGAGAAGAGUCACGCUGUUUGUGAACGGCACAUCACACAACGGCAAGGUGGUGGCAGUUUAUGGGACUCUAGCUGAUCUACUGUCGGUUGCAAGCGCAAAAUUCGCUAUAAAAGCUGCUAAUGUUUACAAUGGGAAAGGAGGUCUUAUUGAUGAUAUAGCCCUCAUCAGAGACGACGAUGUCUUGUAUAUAUCAGAAGGAGACUCUUUUGUUGAUCCACCAAAUAACCCAGAGAGUGUGCACGAGUUUAACUCCUGGGCUCACACAGACUGGAUCACACUCAAUGUUGGAGGCCGACGGUUCACAACCACACGGAGCACUUUGGUCAAAGAAACGGAGAGUAUGUUGGCUCACAUGUUCAGAGACAAAGAUGUUUGGGGGAACAAACAGGACGAGCAAGGAGCAUAUCUCAUCGAUCGCAGCCCGGAUUACUUUGAGCCCAUUCUGAACUACCUGAGACACGGACAGCUCAUUAUUAAUGACGGCAUUAAUCUGCUCGGCGUUCUAGAAGAAGCUCGUUUCUUUGGUAUUGAACGACUCGCUGAGCAGCUUGAAGGUGUUAUUAAGAAUUCCCAGCCUCCUGAUGAUCAUUCACCUAUCUCUCGGAAAGAGUUUGUGCGUUUUCUUCUUGCCACACCAACUAAAUCUGAGCUUCGCUGUCAGGGCCUGAAUUUCAGCGGGACAGAUCUGUCUCGUCUUGACCUGCGUUACAUCAACUUUAAGAUGGCAAACCUCAGCCGAUGUAACCUCACUCACGCCAACCUCUGUGGAACCAACCUGGAGCGGGCAGACCUGUCCAGCGCCAACCUAGACGGUGCCAAUUUACAGGGCGUCAAAAUGCUGUGCACCAAUGCAGAAGGGGCGUCUCUGAAAGGCUGCAAUUUUGAGGAUCCCGCAGGACUCAAAGCUAAUCUAGAAGGUGCCAAUCUGAAGGGUGUGGAUAUGGAGGGCAGUCAGAUGACGGGUAUAAACCUCCGAGUGGCCACGCUGAAGAACGCCAAACUCAAAAACUGCAACCUGCGCGGAGCCACUUUGGCAGGAACCGACCUGGAGAACUGUGAUCUGUCCGGCUGCGACCUCCAGGAGGCAAACCUGCGCGGCUCCAACGUGAAGGGCGCCAUCUUUGAGGAGAUGCUGACGCCGCUGCACAUGUCGCAGAGCGUCAGAUAACCUGCAGGUCCAGCUCUAAUCAAACACAAACACUCUCGUAUACUCUGACAGGUCAAGAACGUUUAUUUUAGGGAUGCACCAAAUUUGCAAACACCGAAGAUAAAAUUUUCUGCUGAUGAGUUUUCGAUUUAGGAAUGAAAGAAAGAAAAUAAAGUGUAAAUUUAGGUUUACAAUGUAAAUUAAGUCAUUGUUAAUGUUUUUUUUUUCUUUCUUUCAAGCUAAAAAUAUUAGUCAAAUCAUAUUUCGGAAGCAUACAUGAUCUUAACGUCUAUAAAAUCUAUCAAAUUAUAGUCUAAAAAUGUAGUAUGGGUGGCUCAGUGGUUAGCACUGUUGCCU